GUUAUUUCCUGUCCCAGUCCAACAGUCGUGCUGACUAACAUGUUAUUUCCUGUCCCAGUCCAACAGUCGUGCUGACUAACAUGUUACUUCCUGUCCCAGUCCAACAGUCGUGCUGACUAACAUGUUAUUUCCUGUCCCAGUCCAACAGUCGUGCUGACUAACAUGUUAUUUCCUGUCCCAGUCCAACAGUCGUGCUGACUAACAUGUUAUUUCCUGUCCCAGUCCAACAGUCGUGCUGACUAACAUGUUACUUCCUGUCCCAGUCCAACAGUCGUGCUGACUAACAUGUUAUUUCCUGUCCCAGUCCAACAGUCGUGCUGACUAACAUGUUAUUUCCUGUCCCAGUCCAACAGUCGUGCUGACUAACAUGUUAUUUCCUGUCCCAGUCCAACAGUCGUGCUGACUAACAUGUUAUUUCCUGUCCCAGUCCAACAGUCGUGCUGACUAACAUGUUAUUUCCUGUCCCAGUCCAACACCCGUCACAAGGUGUUGGUGAUGGAGUAUUGUCCCUGUGGGAGUCUGUAUACGGUGCUGGAGGAGUCUUCUAACGCCUACGGACUCCCUGAGGAUGAGUUCCUUAUCGUGCUACAGGACGUGGUAGCCGGUAUGAACCAUCUCAGAGAGUACGGCAUCGUGCACCGUGACAUCAAACCAGGCAACAUCAUGCGCGUCAUCGGCGAGGACGGGAGGUCCGUCUAUAAGCUGACAGAUUUCGGAGCAGCCAGAGAACUAGAUGACGAUGAGCAGUUUGUCUCUCUUUACGGCACUGAGGAAUAUCUGGUGAGUCCUGACCUCCGACCUCUACCACACCCUGACAUGUAUGAGCGUGCAGUGCUGAGGAAAGAGCACCAGAAGAAGAACUAUGGUGCUAAGGAACUUGACCUGUGGAGCAUAACCGGUGGUCUAGUCACCUUAACCUUGGUCUAA